UACGCUGUUCUGUUUCUCACAUGUGUUUCUUCCUCCAGGCUGGACCAUGGUGGAGAGCAGAGGUUAAAACCAGGUGUGAGGAAGUAUUCCUGUGAACUCACCGUGGACUCAAACACAGUGAACAGAGACCUCAUCCUGUCUGAGGACAACAGGACGGUGACAUGUGUGGAGGAGCAGCCAUAUCCUGAUCAUCCAGAGAGGUUUGAGUACUGUCCUCAGCUGAUGUGCAGAGAAGCUCUGACUGGUCUCUGUUACUGGGAGGUCGAGUGGAGAAAAGGGGUUUCUAUAUCAGUGACUUACAGAGGAAUCAGGAGGAAAGGAGACAUAGAUGACUGUGAGUUUGGAGAGAAUGAUCAGUCCUGGAGUCUGUACUGCUCUGAUGGUGGUUACUCUGCCAAGCACAAUAAGAGGGGAACACACAUCCCCUCCUCCUCCACCUCCUCUAGUAGAGUAGCAGUGUAUGUGGAUCAUCCUGCUGGCUCUCUCUCCUUCUACAGAGUCUCCUCUGACACACUGACCCACCUUCACACCUUCAGAACCACAUUCACUGAACCUCUCUACGCUGGGUUUACAGUCUGGCCUGACUCUUCAGUGUCUCUGUGUCCUCUGUACUGUAAAAAAAAAACUCGUAAAAAAACGGUCAAAGUACACGAGAGGGUGGCGGCAGCACUGCAAUAA